AGAGGGGCUCGAAGUUUUGUCGCCUGCAUUCCGGGCUUCCGCCAUGCCUUCGAGGCGACGGGAGCCAGUCAGAAGGCCGAGAUAGCAGCCAUGGCGGAUGGCUCGUGGGCGGAGGCCGAGAGGGCGAAGAACGAGGGCAACGAGUUCUUCAAAGACGGCAAGUUUGCUAAGGCGAUUGCGGCCUACACCAGAGCCAUCGAGCUGAGCGAGAGUGACACGUCGCUGGACUCGCUAGACUCCCUGGAUGAUGGAACCAAGCCGAAGAACCCUUCCAUCCAGAUAUAUUUUGCGAACCGGGCGUUCUGCCAUAUCAAGAUGGACCGCAGCCCUUUGUUCAUGUUCUUCUUUCUCUUCGUGAUUCCA